CUUGAAGACGCCAGGAAAGCGCAUGCAGCCCCCACCCCCUUCAAAUCAGUCCCAGUGUGAAGGCCCCUCACGCACAACGGCGAACAGAGCUCGGGUGAAAAACACACAGCAUGGCGAUACAAGCAGACUUACCUCGUCAUUCUUCUCAUGGAUGUGUGCCAGAUCAAUAGCCAGAGAGCGUUGGAGGUGAGAGGACAGUCAGCCUCUUGAGUAGGCACAGCAGCGUCAGGUGAGAGGAUGAUCACCCAGGUCUUCCCUGUGACCGUUACGGUUACUGUUUUCUGUCAGCUAUGAGUCUGCUGACAGCAGUAAAGUGCUUGGAUGGCGUAGCUUUCGUACGGACGGUCAGUCGGUCACUGCCCAAGGUGCGAGACGGUGUGUUUCAUGGCCAAUCGGCGUGCAUAUGAGACAGACGUUCCAAGAAACAUUCACGGCCGAGAAGAGAACGACAGAGGACCCAGACGGGCAUGUGGAAGAGAACACAGGCAAAACCAUGACAAACGCGGCUCCCUAUACGAUAUCGAGCAAGGUAUCACCUGCACACAAACGCCACGCACACACAUCCACACAUACCUCCCACACAGCGACGCCCCUCUCUUUCUCUCUUCUCUGUGUGCAGAGUUCAGCGACGCCAUCGAUGCAAACGACAAGGACGCCGUCCAGCUGUGGGCGGCUCUCGCCAAGGCUGAUGACCAGUCGGCUCUGGGCAAGCUCCUCAAGAGCGUGGCCCCCAACAAACUCGACAUCGAGAAGGCCAAGGAGAUCAAGAAGAAGCUGGACAAGAAGUGAUUCCACACACACACACACACACAUAUCUCCUCAUCGGUCAUUUUGCGUUCACUCCCUGACCUGCCAUCGUUUUAGUCUGCACCUCCCGGCCACACCACACCUGCUCUGCCUCUUCAUGCUUGCUCGUGCUGCGCUGUGCUGUGCUGUGUUGUGCUGUGCUGUCUGCUCGUCCUCGUGCCUGUUUCAUGCUGCGUGCGUUGUCUGCCUGGGUUCUGCCUGUUCAUGCUCGUGCCUGCUUCAUGCUGCGUGUUGGUCACCCGACACCACACACACACACACAGACACACACACACCUGCAUGACCUGUGAUGUCCCGUGCCUUUUCUUUAUUCAAGCCACUCACUCACCUUCAUGCUGUUCCAUGAUGGGAUGCUUCAUGUAUGUGGACACACCUCCCCAUUCUCCUUCAACAGCGCUGUCACCUG